AUGAUGGACUACAUUAACAAAGUUAUGGUCAGGAUUAGAGGAGACCUUAAAUCUGUUGAGUUAAUUCUUGGAGCUUUCAAAACUUUUUUUGAGCCUACAGACUUGAGCAUGAAUCCUAGUAAGUGUACAAUCUUUUGUGGUGGUAUGGAAGCUAGUAGUAUUAAAGAAGUGAAGAAUUUUUCUGGGUUUGAAGAGGGUCUUCUUCCUGUGAAAUAUUUAGAAGUACCGGUUGGUAGAGUGAGGAUUGCCCCCACUUAUAAACACAUGUUCAUGCCAUAUAUUGUCCGAUGUGAGACUCUUAACACACCCCCUCACGCUCAGGACUAG